GAGUAAGAGUAAAAUGACGUGGACGUGUGAACGUGCCGGCGCACUUGUACCCCUUUGUAUAAAUCACAGAUACGAGGCAUGACCGAACAUUUGACAUAGUUAACAGGUCUUGACAAGAUCGAUUCACUGGAUACACAAAGACCGGCACAUAACGGUUUUCCUGCACUGACUAUUUGCACAGUGGUGUGAAUCCAUAAGGGAUAAAGAGACAGCUCAGUCUGAGAAGCUUCACUUUGUGAUCUGAAGAGUCAGUUUUCCUCUUAAUAUCUUCUGUCAAGCAGAGAAGAUGGAGCGCAUGGAAGAUGAGAAGCCCAAGAAGAAGGUGACCCUUUACCUUCUUUACUGUGUUUCAACUGCAGUCAUUGGCUCUCUACAGUUUGGAUACAACACCGGGGUCAUCAAUGCACCAGAGGAGAAACUACGCAGUUUUUUCCAUAAUGUAUCACUGGAGCGUUACGCGGAGCCUUUCAGCAAAGAUGCCGUCACCAUGGUGUGGAGUGUUGCUGUGGCCAUCUUCAGUGUGGGAGGCAUGAUCGGGUCUUUCAGUGUCGGAGCAAUAGUCAACAAGUUUGGCAGACGUAAGUCUAUGCUGCUCGUUAAUAUCCUGGCUGUAAUUGGCGGGGGUCUGAUGGGAGUGUCGAUUCUGGCUCGAUCUUUUGAGACGGUCAUCAUUGGCCGGUUGUUUAUCGGCGUGUUCUGCGGUCUGUGCACGGGACUGACACCCAUGUACGUAGGGGAGAUCGCUCCCACUGCUCUCCGAGGAGCCUUUGGCACGCUCCACCAGCUUGGCGUAGUUGUUGGCAUCCUGGUGGCGCAGAUUUUCGGUCUGGAGUUUCUGCUGGGCUCACACACUCUGUGGCCUCUGCUGCUGGCUCUGACCAUCCUGCCAGCCAUACUGCAGAGCAUAAUGCUGCUCUUCUGCCCUGAAAGCCCCCGCUACCAGCUCAUCGUCCUCAACCAGGAGGAGGAGGCAAGAAAAGCGUUGGUGCGUCUGCGUGGCACUGAAGACGUCGGUGAUGAUAUUCAGGAGAUGAAGGAAGAAGGGAUGAAGAUGGCCAUGGAAAAGAAAGUGACCAUCCUCGAACUUUUCCGCUCCCCAAAGUACCGUCAACCAAUCAUUAUUGCCAUCGUCCUCCAGCUCUCUCAGCAGCUCUCCGGCAUCAACGCUGUCUUUUACUACUCUACAAACAUAUUUAAAACAGCUGGUGUUACUCAGCCCAUCUACGCCACCAUAGGAGCUGGAGCUGUCAACACUGUGUUUACUGUUGUCUCUCUCUUCCUGGUUGAACGAGCAGGGCGAAGGACGUUGCACCUGAUUGGACUGGCUGGAAUGGCUAUCUGUGCCCUCCUGUUGACCAUCUCGCUUGCUUUGCAGAACACAAACCAAUCCCUAAGCUACCUGGCCAUAGUGGCUGUGUUCGGCUUUGUUGCCAGUUUUGAGAUGGGUCCAGGUCCUAUCCCGUGGUUCAUUGUAGCAGAGCUCUUCUCUCAGGGGCCCCGACCGGCUGCCAUAGCUGUCUCUGGUUUCUCCAACUGGAGCGCCAACUUCCUGGUGGGGCUGUCUUUCCCUAAGCUGGAGGAGCUUACACGCCCUUACACCUUCAUCAUCUUCAUGGUCUUCCUCAUCCUGUUCUUCAUCUUCACCUUCCUGCGAGUGCCUGAGACCAAAGGAAGAACAUUUGAUGACAUCACUCAGGGAUUCGCUGCCAGUGCAGAUAAAUCUUCCCAUUCCCCGGUGCCUGAAGCAGGGGUCGUGCCAGAGAGCAAAGAAGCUCCACCUGUGUCCCCAACAGAAAAGGUUCCCAUGGUGGAUCUUCCAUAGAAACAAUGAGCGUCCUUAGAGAGACGAUGGAAUAGGGUACAAGACAGACAACAGGUUUCAACUCAGUGUAUUAAUGCAGAAAUAAGAUUUUAGUUUCUUAAUAUGUGUUUUUAGAGUGUUAUUUUUUUAAAGAUUCACGUGUUACACAUGCUAAAAUAAUUGACAGAAUUAUUUGUAAUCCUACUUUAAACAUGGGCCAAACUUAACUGAAUUACCAGUAUUUAAUAUUUGUGCCAGCUGCAUGCACAUUGCCACAUAAGAGGAUCAACAUAUGUUUAGUGUUAAGUCCCAGGUCUUCAGCUACCCCCAGUGUUAAAAGGUUGCAGGAUUUGGAUGGGGGGGGGUUUACGUAUUGAGGUCAAGCUGGUUUUGGAUCUAUGGUAGUUUGACCCAAAAAAGACUGACUUGCUGUCCUGUCUGCCUGCCUGAUGUGCCUUGCUGCUAGGGGGGGAGGGAGCCAUGUUGCCUUAAGUCCAUAGAAAAAAGAUGGAGGAGGUGCCACAGACUUAAAAUAAUUCUAUUUAAGCACAAAGAUGGGAAGAAAUACUUGUUUGUUUGUGUGUUGUUUGAAGUCAGUUUAUGCUGAUGAAUAAGACAAUGGGAACAGUUCUGUAAAUUGGUAAAUUUACAUUUUCUGCCUCAUACAAAUUUACUGCCUCAAGUACAUUGUUUGUAUGAGAAGAAGGUGUAGUUUCGCACUGCCAAGCCUUAGCAAAGUCGCCUGAUAGGGUCUGCUCUUUGGUACACAACCCAACCUGUUGUGUUUUAUGAUUUCAUUGCACAGCCAGAAUGACAGAAAAACUGUUGUAGUGCAUUUGUUUACAGCAUGCAUUACAAAAACUCAGGUGGCUACUUGUGUUGUAGUGUAUAAUCGGCUUCUUACUGUUAAAAAUAUAGAAAAUAUCCAUCACUGUACUUGAAACUCAUUUGACAUCUCUUUGGAGCAAUAACUUCUGAAUCACACGCCAUGAAAUAAAAUGUCUUACAAUCUCUAAAAUAAUUACAUCAAAUCAAAUGUGCUUGUUACUGGUACACUGUUUUGUAAACAGUGUUCAAGUCUACUGAUAAUUAAGUUACAAUACGUAUCUUAAACGAGAUAUUAUCCAUGAUGGCGUUGUUGAAUAAAAACACUAAAUUAAAUGUAUUUAUUUCAGUGGUUAAUGCACAAAAGAUGUCUUAUAAUAUGUAUUUUAGUCUAAUUAUAUCACAUAUUUUGUAUAUAUGGUAAAAUCUCCAGUUGCCGCAUGAUGAUCAACUAUUACAGCACAGUAUACAUGCUUUUAAGUUAAAUAUUUGUACAGCUGCAUCUUCCUUUGGAUGUGAACACACUCGUAAGGAAGCACUUUUCAGUGGUUAAGCUUUUUUUAUUUGCACUUUCAGUCUGGCUGUUCUUUUGCUGAUUGCUUUUAUUGUAUGUGGCUCUGUGUUACAUGUAAAUAUAACGUACUGUAUGUGUUAGGGUGUCUGUUUGUUCCUCAUAAUCCUGUUACAUCCACUGAUUUGUCUUGCACUCUGGAAAUACUGUUACUAUGGUGAAUGUCACUUUGUUGUUUAACAGUAGACAGAAGUGAGAAGUGAGGAUGGUUGAGUGAGACUCAGAUAAAAGAUGACCUUUACUGUUUUUCUAUUAUAUAAAAUAUAAUAGUAAUAUAAUGUAUUAAAAUGAGUGACACUUGCUUUGAGAAAACUAAAAAGGAAAUAAAAUUGUCCAACUUUUAAGGGAAUGUGUGACUUGAAUUAUGAGCAUUAACAGUCUGUUAUUUUUCUGUCUGUAAUGCUCGAGUCAGUGAGUCAAAGCAAGUUUCCUUUCAUGAAUGUUUAAUGUCUGUGCUGAAGUGAAAGUGGGAGAGGUUUGUCUGCUAUUUUGUCUGCUACCCACUUCUUCUUCAGUGUGGCAACUUCAUUUCCUUUUCUGUACCGGAGAAAAACCUCAGUUGGCUGUACAGUAAUUCAAUGUAGAGCUAACCAGUAAUCUGAAAUACUGAAAUAAAGCCAUGAGUUGAA